CUUUCUGAAUUUGCAAGCAUUUGAAAACCGAAAGUUUAAUCAAUUUGAUCGUUUCAUACUUUGAGACCAAUAAGCACUUGCACCGAUAAUUUCUUUCAUAUUUUUUGCGCUUGCAAUAGAUCGAGUGUAGUGAAUUAUUUCUCUGUUCAAUUUAAAUUCGAAGCGAAUUAGAAACGGUUAAUCCUUUCUGAAGUGUAAUUCAAUUGAAGUGAAGUUGAAAUUAAUUUAAAAAAAAAGAAAAAAAUCAAUUAAAAUGGCUCCUUCAUCAAACUGUGAACAAAAUUCAAAUGAAAACAAUGUGGAUAAUCAAUCUGUCGGCGUGCCCGAUAUUGAGAAAAUGGGUGGCAGAAUGUUGAUCAACAAAUUGGCUGGUGAAGGCGUGGUUAAAGUGGUUAAACAGUGUGAAAAGGCCAAAGAAACACUUACAUUGGACCUAUCUCAAUGCAAUCUUGCCAAAUUUCCCGAUGCCGUUUUCUACCUACUGAGAGACACAACUUUGACGGCCUGUGACCUAAGCUCAAACGUACUCCGCAGAAUUCCGCCACAGUUAGCAUUUAAAUUCAGUCUGAUCACAGAUUUGAAUUUAUCUAAAAAUGAAAUCUAUAAAUUGCCGGACGAACUCGAAGAAAUGAAAGAACUUGUACGUCUCGACGUUUCGCAUAAUUAUCUACUGAAUUUGCCAUCAGUCUUAUUCAGAAUUCCCAAACUGAGACAGCUCAGAGCCAACCAUAAUGCAAUUAUCGACAUCGAAAGCAAUCAGGUCAUUGCAUCGGAAUCGUUGGAAUUCGUAGACUUAAGAUCGAAUCCAUUUACGCCACAGUGCUACAAGCUGUUGAAAAAUGCUCAGGUUUCGUUUCACAUCGAAUUGUCCACAAGAAGAAUCAAAGAAGACUGGGAAGAUCUCACCAUUUAAAUUUUUUAAAAGAGAAAUAAAAUUUUCAAACCUGAUCGAUAUUAGACAUCGAUAAGACAUAUAAAAAUGUGAUAUUUUUAAAACGAUUUAAUUUUAAUGUUAGUUUAGUUGCUACUAUGAAAAGUGAAUUUUGUUUUUACAAAUUGUGCUGAUAACUAUUAUUGCCGAUGUACUUAAUAAGUGGAAAAUAAAAGGUAUCUGGCUUUUUGUAUAA